AUGAAUACGUUUCUGCUUGUCGUUCUUGUCUUUUCGAUAUCUAUUGCUGCUGAAGAGUUAUCGAGAAAAGAAUUGCUGAGUCUUUUGAAUGUGAAUGCAAGUCGGUCAGUUGAUGAGAGCCGAAAUGAGGAACAGCUGUCACCCGACAGCUUUACAGACAUGCUCAUGGAUGCAAAGUUCAUCAAAGUUCCCGAAGACACACCCAUUCUGAAAAUUCAAAGGACAAAUUUUCUGAUGGCCACAAAAAUUCGUGAGUCAUUUGACGCUCGCAGAGAGUGGCCGAAGUGCUGGUCAAUCGGAUGGAUUCGACAACAAUCGCGGUGUGGAUCGUGCUGGGCGGUGGCGGCGGCUUCGAUGGCCUCUGAUCGAAUGUGCAUCAACGCUCCAUAUUAUCCAAUGAUGCUCUCCUCAGAGGAUCUUCUGUCGUGCUGUGGCUCUUAUUGUGGGAAUGGAUGCAGUGGAGGAUGGCCAGAUAAAGCACUCAAUUGGUGGGCCACCAACGGCCUUGUCACCGGCACCGACUACUCGGACCAUCAAGGUUGCCGACCAUACACGGUUCCCACAUGUUCAUGGCACAACGGCGUCUACAGCUUUCCGUACGAUGGAACGUAUCGAGCUUGCCCAGAGACGUUCUCAGUUCCGCAAUGCUAUCAACAAUGUCAGAAUGGAUACUUCAGAAACUACACUCAAGAUAAAUACUACGGGCAGCCGGCUUAUCACGUUCGACCUGAUGUCUCAGCUAUCCAAGCCGAAAUUCUUGAGCACGGCCCUGUUGUAGCCACUUUUACCGUCUAUGAGGACUUCAACAAUUUCUACAAACGCGAGCCAAUCUACCAGCAUCGAAGUGGUGGAUGCAAGAGACCAGGCGGCUGUGGACACGUCGUAAAAAUCAUCGGAUGGGGUGUUGAGAACCAAAUCCCCUACUGGUUGUGCGCAAACUCGUGGGGCACUCAGUGGGGCGACGGCGGCUUCUUCCGCAUUCGUCGCGGAACGAAUGAGUGCGGAAUCGAAGCAAACGUGGUCGCAGCUAUGCCGAGGAAA